UCCCCCGAGAAAUUUCCAGAUGUUUCGCCUAUCCUCCAUAACCCAGAUCAAGGGCACGCCAUCAUCAUUUCAUACGACUCUCCUGCGCAACGAGAUCGAGAGAUUGCAGGCAGCGAGCGCACGAAUUCCAUGAGGGGGAGUGCGAGGUCUCUAGUGGAAACUGCAACCAGACAAAUCAAACCUGGCAAUGGACUUGCGAGGUUGAUGACGAUUACUACUCCCAAGAAGCAUGAGAAGGAGAUCAGCCCUACUGAAUCUGCCCUCCCAAAGGAUGAAAAUGUCGAGCCCCUCGUCGCAUUCAGCCGUCCGCCUCCUUUGCCACCGGUUCUAGGCCCCUUGAUCGCGCUCUCGCUUUUUCAGACUUCUUCUAGUGAUGAAGACAGCAAAUGAGUCGCCAGGGGGCUUGCUUGUUUGAUCGCUGAGUUGGUUACUUUUCGGAGCCUGGUCGUGUAUAUAGUCAGAGGUUGUAGACAUCAUGUUGCUGUAGUAGUCUGGCAAGUACUACGAAAUCUGAAUAAUGUAGUAGUCUUUUGUGUGACAACUUUUCAGACUGAACAAAUUUCGAAGUCUGUCGCUGUGCAA